AAGAGAAACCCAUCUGAUAGACCAGGAGACCAGGAUUCCGAUGAUUUGUCUGAGAUGGAAUCAGCGGAGAGUUUUGUCACGCCUGGCUAUCCAGGCCCUGACCAAAGUGGAAGUGAAAGCAAAGAAACAUCUGAAGAACUCAACAGCGAUGGCCGUAUUGCUCCCAAACCUGGAGCAAAAGGACAGGCGCCAUCGAGGAGAAGAACGCGAGUGGACACAGACAACAUGCAGCCGCUGGACAGGACCAGCAAGAGCCAGGAGCAAAUCCAAGGUCAAGGCGAGCUUCAGGGAGGCAGAGGACCGACUGAUCCAGAUAGCGAAGAGGAAGAGAUGGCGAGGUCUGGCAGAGCCAGUCAGAGCACACGUCUUAGAACAAAGGCUGAUGAUGCGGACCCUGAUGAAAGCAGGGAGACAUCUUGGCAAAGCUCGGAGGGCAACAAUGGAAAACCGGCUGUGGUGCACAACAGUAAAGAAAGCAGAGAAUACAUCAGCUCUGAAACGUACCCUUUUGAUCCCAGCGGUUCAUCUGCUCCAGUCAAGUCUGCAUGAAGAGCCGCUUCCUUCUAAUGAGUCAGGAGCCACCACGUGUUGACUCACCAGAGGAAAACAGGACGUUUCCAACAAAUACUGGGGAUUUUUCUUUCUUUUUUUUUUUACUACCUCUAAAUAGAAUCUGUGCUUCCAGUUUUUAUAUUUUUUAUCAUGUGAAGAUAUAAAAGAAAAAUAAAGGUUUUAGUUGAAUCUUUUGGUUGGGUGUAAAGCAAGAAUUGGUUGCUUGUAAUGAAAGCUGAUGAACGAAAAAUGUAACCGAGGUUAAUAAAAUGAACUGUAAUGAGCUAAACCGCA